CAAGCUUUCAUGCAAGUAAACAGCCUAGAUCCACCCCGCAAAGCGCUAACCGCCUACCGUAUAAUUCAAUAGUGGGGUUUAUUUGUACUGCGUAGUAUGUCAUAGGUUACUAUUGACUUGAACAUUUCUCCAUAAAAAAAACAUCCUCUCCCAAACAUUCUCUUCAAUACGAGAGCAAUACGCAAAGAACAACGACGAUGGAUAAGUCUGACCUCUUGGUAUACGCCAAGGAGUAUGCGACUACACAAGAUCUGUACGAGCUUCUGGGCGUGACGUCCGAUACAGCUAAACAGGACAUCCAUCGUGCCUGGCGUAAGCGCAGUUUGAAAUACCAUCCAGACAAAGCAGGUGCAAACUUCGACCCGGCAAAAUGGGAGUUAUUCGAACGAGCCCGGGACGUGCUGUCCGAUGCUGCGGCGCGCGAGGUCUACGAUUCGCAGCGGUCUGCCGCGCAGCUACGCGAACAGCAACGCCGAGCCAUGGACGCAAAGAGACGCGCGAUGGUAGAAGAUCUCGAGGCGCGAGAACGCGGGGGUGUCAAACGACCGCGGGACGAUAGCCAUGGUCCCACGAUGAGCGAAGCAGAGAGGAGGCGGUUAGCCGAGGCUGGGAAACGUCGCUUAGAAGAGAGGCAGAGAUUGAUGAGAGAAGCAGAGGCGAGAGAAAGGCAAAGAGAAUCGGAACGAGAUAGGGAGCAAGCAAAUAUAGAGGAUCAGCAGAAGUCAGGUCCGCCCAAAUCCGAACCAGCGGGUCGUAGAAAAACUCCUGAUGCCUCGAGCGCAGCCGAGUCAAAAACGGAUAUCGAUCCCGAACCCCCAAUACGAAACAACGAUGGUUACGACGACCAAAUUGCGGAUAUAGAGCGAAAAAUCCGAGAGGCGCGACUGCGGAAAGCAGCGAAGAAAGACAAGAAAGCAGCGCGGGAAAAUGGCGGGUCUGGCAAAGACAGGCUCGAGGCUCAUCAGGCUAAACCCAUUCCUGACGUACCAGAAGAGCUGAAAGCUGACGAGAAGAAGGACCCCUCGAUAUCAUCAGGGACAGCGAAGUCCUUUUCCUUCGCCCCGUCUACCAAUGCAUCCAACAGCAGCAAUGCUACCGCAAGUAGCAAACCUCGAGUAAAAGGGGACUUCUCAUCAACAAUGGCUAGGCUGCGAGCUGCUCAAGCUGAAAAGGAAGCGAGAAAGAAAGCGGAGGAGGCUGCUGCUGCUACAAGUGGUGCUGAGGUUGGCAGCUAAUAGCAAGCACUGCUACUUUGCUGUCUAGAUACUACUAUUCUCUUACCUUUUGAUGUCGUGAUACCCCUAGUUUAUGAAAGAAUAGAUGAUACGCCUAUAUCUUGGAUAAAGAUGAGAUACAUAA